UUGUCCUGAACAUUCCCCUGUUGUACGUACUUGAGUAUUUCCCAUGAAUUUGUCAGAUCUUUCAUUGUAACUUCCCAGCUGAUGGGCAUUGAGAUCGACCCAGAGUACGGAGGCACCGGCUCCACGUUCUUCUCCUCCAUCCUGGUCAUUGAGGAGCUGGCCAAGGUGGACGCCUCCGUGGCCGUGCUAUGUGACAUCCAGAACACCCUCAUCAACACGCUCUUCGCCAAGCUGGGGACCGCAGCCCAGAAAGAACAGUACCUCAGCCGACUGUCAACAGACAUGGUUGGUAGUUUCUGCCUGUCAGAAGCAGAGUCGGGGAGCGAUGCCUUCUCUCUGAAGACGCGCGCUGACAAACACGGGGACUAUUACCUCAUCAAUGGUUCCAAGAUGUGGAUCAGUAAUGCAGAGCAUGCUGGGGUGUUUCUGGUGAUGGCCAACGUGGACCCGUCUGCUGGUCACAGAGGCAUCACCUGCUUCAUCGUGGACAGAGACGCAGAGGGGCUUCAGAUCGGCAAGAAGGAGAACAAACUGGGUCUGAGAGCUUCUUCAACCUGUCCUCUCAACCUGGAUAACAUCAAGGUUCCUGAGAAGAACAUCUUGGGUCAGAUCGGCCACGGAUACAAGUACGCCAUCGGCAUGCUGAAUGAAGGCAGGAUUGGGAUCGCUGCCCAGAUGCUGGGAUUGGCUCAGGGCUGCUUCGACCAGGCGGUUCCCUACACCAGACAGAGGGUUCAGUUUGGCAAACGCAUAUUCGACUUCCAGGCCAUGCAGCACCAGAUUGCCCAUGUAGCCACCCAGAUAGAGGCUGCCAGGCUGCUGACCUACAACGCUGCCCGGCUGAAGGAGGCAGGAAGACCCUUCAUCAAGGAGGCCUGCAUGGCCAAGUACUUCACCUCAGAGGUCGCAACGUUGACCACAUCAAAAUGCAUAGAGUGGAUGGGAGGGGUAGGCUUCACCAAAGACUACCCUAUUGAGAAAUACUACAGAGAUUGUAAAAUAGGUACCAUUUAUGAGGGCACAACCAACAUCCAGCUGUCCACCAUGGCCAAGUUUAUAGACAAGGAGUAUGACUACUGACCUCCUGACCUGGUCUGGCUGGAUCCCCAUCAUGGAGACCGACCUGGCUGGAUCCCCAUCAUGGAGACUGACCUGGCUGGA